AAAACAUCUGUCAUCCUCGUUCAGUUAAUGUGUCAAAACUUGUAGCGGAUGAUGAUUUUCGCUAGCUUUACUGCAAAAAUAAUGUUUAAUUUUCGGUUUUAUUGUAAUAUUUAGCCCAAGUAGAUAAUUUAUUGAGUCUGGUAAUUGUAUACGGUAGCGAAGCAAGUAGAACAAGUGCAAAAACAAGUAACCGUAACAGCAGAAAUGCUCCCAGCGACGGGGCUGUUCCGCUCCAUAAAUUGCCCUUUCUUCGAGAAAGACUUGUGUACUCGGCCAUUCUGCCACUUUCGGCACUUGAAACCAGAAGCACCACCGAAAGCCACCUACAGUGCAACCCCGAAAAAUCUGCUGAACCAGAAUAAUGCCGGAUCGGAGUCAGCCAAUCAGGAUGGUCCGGUUAAGAAGAAACCCAAGCUGGAGUACAUCCCAAUGCCGACCAUUCUGGCGGCCAAAUAUGUUCCGAGCGCGAAAGCCGCCACGCCCACCACCAACAAUCAGAACAAGAUCGAUGAACCGGAAAUUGACAAUAAAGCGGAAGAAGCGCCCCCCGUGGAUGACCAAAUGACGACGGUGGACGUUCCCACCGAGGACAUCGUUGAACAGAAAAAUGAUGUUCCAACAAAGGAACUAACAAACGGACAGAAUGGUAAGGAGCAAAACCAUGACGACGAUGAAGGGCCAGUAACUGCCAAAGAGAACAAGGUCAAACCGAAGGAUUUGGAAGCACCUGAGGUUUCUGACGUGGAGAUUAAAGCCGGUAAGCGGAAGGAUGCGGAGAAGUCUAAUUCUUAUCAUUCAACCCACCGUAAAGUUAGUCAAGAAAGUGAUAAGCAUCGGAAGAGCAGUAGAGAUGAAAAAGAUCACCGAAAAGAGAAAAGUCACCGGAAGGAAUCCGAUCGCAAAUCGAGUUCUUCGAGCACCAGUGAACGGAAGCACUCGAGUUCGUCGUCAUCGCACAGAUCAGACGAUAAACAUCGAUCCAGAUCUGACAAGGAGAAAGAGCGCGACAAAGAACGUUCAAAAUCUAAGCACAAAGAUAGCUCUAGGGAUAAGGAAAGACGACCAGAAAAGGAGAAAGAGCGGACAAAAUCAUCGGAUAAAGACAGGGAAAAAGAUAGAAAGAAGUCAUCCGAAAAGGAUCGACCUAGAUCAUCACACAGUUCUAGUAAAAGUUCAUCUAAAUCUAGCAGUACGGGUAGCAAAUCUUCAUCUUCAUCAUCGAACAGUAGAAAUAAGACUUCGCAAGCUGCCUCCUCUUCGUCAUCAUCAUCAUCAUCCAAACCAAAAGUCGAACUGGCCGAUGAAAUAUACCGCGACCUGCUGGACAACCCCCCGAGCGAUAUCGAUAUCGAUAGCGACGAAGACGAAGUCAUGCGUCAGUGUCGGAUGAUUUUCGAGGAAUACGAAGAUGAACCGCCGGCUCCGGCACCGACUCCGCCGCCGGUGUCAAAAGUAGCCAGGAAGAAGCCCGAUCCCAAAGGCGGUGACGUCGAGCUGAUUGAUAUGUUUGCGGAGAAGUUCUACGACGAGAACCGGAAGAAGCGAGUGGCACAUGAAAGUAGUAGUUCAAACGCGAGGCCAACCGCCAAUGCUGCGCAACCAGCUCCGGCAAAGAGGACCAACUACGUGCAGGAAGCUAUGCGGUCGGUGUAUCAUCGUCAAGAGAUUGUUCGAAAGCAACAAGAAGAAUUAGCAGCUAAACAGCGAAUUGAGGAAGAAAAUAAGAAACGUAUCGAAGAAGACACCCGAAAAGCAAUGAACAAGCCCGUAACACCAAGACUAAGCAAUGGAUCGCCACGAUCGCCGGUUUUGAGUCCAACUCCUGUGACGACCCCUCCAACGACCGAUAAAUCUCCAGUGUCGCCCAUCAGCACAACCAGCUUUUACAGCAAAUCACCGGACUCUCUAGUAACAACCACGCCUAGAAGUCGUUUCACACCAGCCGUCAACGUACUAGCCUUCCAAAAAGCGAAAGAAAAAAUUGAACAAUUGCGAAAGAUGAAAGCAAUCGGAACUCCUGCCCAAACUGCUCCCAAAGGUAGAGGCCGGGUGGCUCACACUGUUUCUGCGCCAACAGUUCCGGCAGCUUCCACUUCCGCUGAGGUACCCGCUACGCCGCAACCUCCUCCGCCGCCGGCGAAAUCCGCUCCACCGGUGUUGGAAGCCGACUCGACCAAAAUUUCCUUCAACAUUCGGAUGCAGUUUUACAAUCUGAUGAUCAAGCACUGUUUGAACAUCUACACUGACUGUGAUGAUGCGUACGAUCGCGCACAAACCGAGGAGCUGGCCGUGAUGAAAAAAUGCAGCACGCCGAUGAUCUACAAGAGCAGCGCUCUGCUGACGAUCAACAAACUGCGCAAGGAGGCUGUGGAUUCGGGCAGUGAAACGACGGAAAAGAAUAAAACCAUAUCUCACGAUGUCAUCCUUGCUGGUAAAAUGGCUCAAAACAUUUCAUGGAGUGUGAAUAAAAAACUCAAAACCGAAGUAAAAUCCGCCUACACAAUUGACAAUGCUCCAUCUACGGUAGCGUACAAAAUGAUUUACGAGUGCAUCUUGACGGAAGAGCAAUUGCAAGCCAACGGAUUCCCCCGGCCCACAGAUACCCCAGGAAAGGCGAAAAUCUACACCGCGAAGCCCUCGCGACCUCCGAACGAAGAGGAACGCUACUGUUCAAGGUGUUCGAAGGUAUUCAAUCUGGAAACGUACGAAGAACCGGCUGUGGAUUCGUGCAACUAUCACGCCAAAAGUACAUGUUACCGCAGGGGCUUUGCCGACAACCUGCACAGCUGCUGUCAACAACCGGCCGGAACGGCAGGAUGCAUGUAUGCCAACUACCACGUGAGCAGCUACGUCGACUACGUCCCGUCGAAGAAGGACAUCUUUGCGCUGGAUUGCGAGAUGUGCUACACCACGGGCGGACUGGAACUCACUCGCGUUACUGUUGUGGACAUCAACGAGAAAACAGUUUACGACUCGCUAGUGAAACCCACGAACAAAGUGAUUGACUAUAACACCAGGUUUUCCGGAAUAACGGAGCAGAUGUUGAAGAACACUACGACCACCCUGCACAACGUUCAGGCCGUUCUGCUGUCGAUGUUCAACUCCGAAACGAUUCUCGUCGGGCACAGUCUGGAAAGUGACUUCAAGGCGCUCAAAUUGAUCCACGACGUCGUGGUGGACACGUCCGUUCUCUAUCCGCACAAAAUGGGACCACCGAAGAAGCGAGCUUUGAAAACGCUCUGCAUUGAGAAUCUUAAGAAAAUCAUUCAAGAAAAUGACAGUGGGCACGACAGUGCGGAAGACUCGGUCGUUUGCAUCCAGUUGAUCAAGCAUUAUCUUAGAAACCGCAUCAUAUGAUUAUUACCGUACAACUCGUUGUGUAAACAAUCCGUGCUAGAAUAUGUCCCUCCGUGGACGCUGUUAUCAUCAGGAUCUUAUUUAUUUCACAUCAUGUUAUUGCUAAGUCGCCCUCCAUAUUGCACUAUGGAAAUGGUUAUACUCAGUAUGCUAAAAUCGGUUCUAAGUUAAACAGUUUCGGAUACGUUGAGCAAUAAGCAAUAAUGAAGGAAAUCCGAUCAAAAUCCAACACAGCAUUACUUUUUUUUCUAUUAAUAGAAAACUAUUUAAUAAAAACAAAACUUAACUUAAACAUUUUUA